GGCAGCCCCAGGCUGUCAAAGGUCAGGCAUGAGUUGUGCCCUUCCUGAGGCCAGCGGUCCAAAGUGGAUUCUGACUCGCCCAAGGCCAUGAAGCCUGGAGUGGGCCUAUCACCUCCCACGCAGUGAAGGGAUGUCUCAGCUUGCUUCACAACGAGCAGGGAGGAGAGUGGCAAAAUCUUUGUAAAGAGGGAGGGCCUUGCUUUGAGAUCUCCAUUCCAAACUUCCAGUUCGGGAGGGCCGCGGGGAGAGUAGGGAGGGGGUUGGGAGCACUUGGGGGUAACCUCAGAACUCCGAGCCUGGAGACUCCUGAGGGUGCUCCAGCACAGCGCAGAGGGUGGAGCCCAGCUUUCCACCUUCCUCCCCCCCUCACUCACGGUGAGGCCAGGGCGGGCCAGGCACCCAAGGAGGAGGCGGUGUCCCUGGCUCUCUGCCCAAGGUGUUGCUCCUCGGCGAGGCGGGGCUGGACCAGCAGGGGCGGGCACCCUGCUGGUAUUAUAAGAGACGGUCAGGGCACCUCGGCAAUGAGCUCCCAGCUCGGCUUAGCACCAGGACGCAGGCAACAGGCGCUCCCUGCUCUCCUGGUCCAGCCAAGCACUCUGCCGCUGCUAUGGUUUCCACACCGGCCGCCUGGUGCUCCAUCGCUCUGGCCCUGCUUUUGGCCCUGCAUGAAGGCAAGGGCCAGGCAGCUGCCACUGUGGAGCAGCCAGCCCUGGCACCCAAGGGCCGUGGUCCCCACCUGCGUUUUCGCCGUUGCUCCUGCAACUCCUGGCUUGACAAGGAGUGUGUGUACUUCUGCCACCUGGACAUCAUCUGGGUGAACACUGCAGGACAGACAGCUCCCUACGGCCUGGGAAACCCGCCAAGGCGCCGGCGCCGCUCCCUGCCAAGGCGCUGUGAGUGCUCUACUGCCGGGGACUCUGUCUGUGCCACCUUCUGCCAUCAAAGACCCUGGUCUGAAACUGUGGUCCCCCCAAGCAGCCAGACUCCCGGAGCUGCGUUAAAGACUGACAAGAAGUGGGCCGCUGAGGGAGACCUCCUCCAAAAGCUAAGGGACAUUUCUGCCGCCAAGCUCCACUUUGCCAGGCUACAGCCAGAGGUGACAAGAGAGUCGGGUCCUGCACACUCUAGACGGAGAAAAAGAUAACCCUGUGAGGGGCAGGACCACUGAGAAGGAAGCCCACGUGGAGACAGGAGGCAAUGGGCAGCUGGGGAGACCCCGUGCCUGUGGGCCAAGACCUCAGCCCCAGCUAGCCAGACCCAUCCGAUGGGGUCAGCACAAGCUCCGGUUUCUCUUGCAGCAGCUCUGGCCCUGACACCGCCAGGCCACCCUCAGCUCCUGAGCAGCAGCAGCCUACCCUGUGCUGGCUGCUGGCUACAGACCUGCUUGAAGGAGCUCCGUGAGGCCAAAUGAACAUGCUGACUGUGUCCUGAGGAGUGUCCUGUUUGCUGGACUGCAGUCUAGGGGCAGUCCCACGUUAGGAAUUGAUUACCUAAGCCGUGCCUGGAGACUGGAUGGGGCACACUGAUGACCGACAUCCUGGCUGGCCCCCAUGAUCCUCUCUGGUUCCCCCUCCCUAGAGGUCUUGCAAUCUUGUCCUCUUGGGACAGUUUUGGGGGAGGGGCAGGGCCUGCUCUCCUUCAUUCAUCUGUAUAUAAGUUAUUUGCUCUAAGAACUUUGA